GACGAUUCUGGCGCGCCGACGGCUAGUACGAUGUUUCUUGUUUAGGUCGCAGUUGGAUCCAAUACGACUGACACCUUGCAUCUGCAAUGACGGAGAAAUACUCGCGCUUCGCAACCAAUACCCGCCGCGGUGCUUCGUUACGAAGGAGGCCAAAAAGAGCUGAAGUCAUGUAUAAAUUCUGGCGAUGCCGCAUCUCAUCUCUCUUCAUCAUCUAAGUCCACACUCGUAGCGGCUCAACAAGCUAGACUUAUUCCCUCGUCGCUCCAUCCCUCAAUUCGAGAUAGCGACCUCCACCAUGUCUAGUCCGCUCUCAGCCGGCAGCAGCACACUCGGGUGGUACGAUAUCACCAAGACGUUUUGCAUAAUUGGUGUCGAGUCAAGUAACACUGGUAUCCUGGAACUGCCCGAGAAUGAGCGUUUCGUUUCUCAGAUACAGCCUAUGGCUGGCCUGGGUGAUGGCUACAAUGAAGAAGACGAAACGCAAGCUGGCUUGGUCUUGACCUUCAGCAUCGACUCAUUUACCGAUGUGACAGAAGGUCACAUCUUCGGACGAGAUCCGCAAAAGUGUGACAUCCUAUUGAGUGAAGAAGAAGGAGACGGUAUCGAUAGAACACACUUUGGAGUGCAGCUGGACCACACUCGAAAUAUCCCUGAGCUGGAAAUUUACAACUGCAGUCCAAGAGGCACCAUGGUCGACGAUAAGCUGCUCUCAAGAGUAGGAGAGCGAAUACGGAUCUAUCAGGGCGAGGUUGUCACAAUCGUGGCUGGCACUUUGUCUCUGACGCUCCUGUUUCCCUUCCUCGACUUGGGCAAUUGCAAGAUGCGGUCCAGAUGGGCAGAGCUGAGAACAACUGUAUGGUCGCUACUCCAGCCUGCCAUACGUCAAACGCUCAUUCCUGGAGAUGCACGUCAGAGAUAUCUCGAUGCAGAGGAAGAUUGCAUCUGGCAAGAAGCACGACCUUUCCAUUACGAGACUGGCAGUAUGAUUGUUACUCUGGCCAAAGGGAGGCAGAGACAGAAGACCGGCUUCCCAGUCGUCCUCGAGAAGCUACGGGACAGAAAAGGCGACGCCAGGGAAAACCGUAUUAACAUUGGCGAAACAGCAGCCAUGAUUCGAGUCCGACACGAAAAUGUCGUCUCUGCUUUCCGCGAGCAAUGGCCUCAAGGCAGUGUCAUUCUCGUCGAGCACACCCCUCACGGUAACAUAAGCGACUUCAUCCGCAGCCACAAAGCCAUGAGAGUAAAAGAAGAUGCCGUCAUGGAUCUCGCUCUACAGACGCUCAAAGCUCUUUCCUAUCUCGCAUCUCAAGGCAUCUCUCACCGCGACCUCAAGCCCAGUAAAAUCAUCGUCUUUCGCACUGAUCCUCCACUCUUCAAGCUCACUGGAUUUGGCGGUGUAGACCUGAUCGACGCGCGAGGAUAUCUCAAUGAUCGAAUCGCAGAUGAUACGAUAGACUACGUCGCCCCCGAGAUAUUUGAACGAGGCGCUGGAGCCCUGCCCUCAAAGACAGAUGUCUGGAGUCUUGGCAUAAUCAUGUGGGAAUUACUCGUUGGCUCUACCCCUGUACCUUUUCUGGAAGACAUGACGUACAUGUCUUGCUUCCGAGCCAUUCUGAACUGGCAGCCAAGGGUCAAGGAGUUGCAGGAGUAUGGCGUCAGUGACGAAGGGCAAGAGUUGCUGAUGAGGAUGGUAGAGCGAACGCCAAAAUUCAGACCUGAUGUUGAGACUUCGAAGACGGACGAGUGUUUUGACUAUUUGGAGUAUGUGAGGAAGAAUGAGCCUUGCGAUUUACAGGAUUGCUUGCUUUAACCAGUGGACGUUGUGGUGGCUGGUAUGCAUGGAACAAAUUAUUCGCUACUGGCUAAGAAAAGCAUUCGAUACAUCUCAUAGCAUUGUGCCUUUUUCUGGCGUUUGGGUAUGGAAAAGUGAAAAUGUACUUGUUUACACCUUUAUAAUCGCAGAAUCUUAAUGUCCAACUCAAGCCCAGCUCCUGAUGUGCCAGAUUCAUCGCACUUGCCCUCUAUUUCCUUGAUCACAUCGCUCUUCGAUUAGCGGGCGUAAGAGUAAGCUUAUCCUCCGCCAUCCAAACCCUCUCCAAAACACGACCACUAUUCCCAUCAAGCGUGUAUUCUUGAACGAGGCUCUGAAAAGGCCACGAUGAUGCUGU